CGCUCACUCUUGUGAAAAAUAAAUGUCGGUGUCGCUUUGAUUUUUUGGGCUUGUUCAGGAAGGCAAGCACCUUGAGCUAACUGUGCUGUGUAAUAUUUUUAACAAUUCAGAGUUUUAAUGAAUUAAGUAAUAACUUUUUUAUUAGCAUCAACAAAUUCUUAUUAUGAAGAAUGGAAUGUUCACAUUUAUUAGAUAACGUCAAGGUGGAUAGCGAUCUCAUUGUUGAGGACACCGCGAUCACAAAGAACUUCAGUUGUUCAGAAUGUGGUGUGAAAGAUCAGAACUGGCUAUGUCUGCAAUGUGGAGUGGUGAAUUGUGGUCGCUACGUCAACGGCCAUGCAAAGCUACAUGCCGAGUCCCAAGACCACCAGAUGUGUCUCAGUUGUGAUGUCUAUUCAGUGUAUUGCUACAAAUGUGAUGACUAUGUUUCCAACGACACGGAAAAUAAAACAAUAGAUAAAAUAAGACAACAUUUGAUGCAAUCUGGAAAUGCAAAUGAUGAAAAUACAAAUGAUAUUGUUGAAGCAGUAAAUGGAAACAGUAAAGAGGUCACGAAAGAUGGAAAUGCUUCAUUGACUUUGAAUACGUCUGAAAACUGUAAUGAAAAGCCUGAUCAGUCCCCAAGCAGCAUUCAGGAGGAAUUGUCAAACGCAGAUGUGGCCUCUGGCAGCCCGUGUAGUGAAGCAUCUGGUAAUCUUAAUGUUAAUGCAGAAACCAGUGAAAGUAAGCCAUCAAAAAGCACUAAGAAUGUAGACGAGCCAGUUAGAAGUUUACGACCCCGAUCACGCAAAAGAUCUCAUUCAGAGGAUAGUAGUUCUGCCGAGAAUAACUCCAGCCAGCCAUCCAGAACCAAGGAAAAGAAAAUAACCCCCUGCAACGGCAAGAGCCAGAGGGAAAAGAAAAUUGUAGGAUUAAAAAAUUUAGGCAAUACUUGUUUUAUGAAUGCAGUUUUGCAGAGUUUGAACAAUAUACAGGAAUUUAGUUGCUAUUUUAGUCAGUUGCCAUCACUUGAGGUGAAGACGAAUGGCCGUAAAGUGUACCAUUCUAGGAGUUACACGCGACAAGAGAUGCACGAUGUUGUUAUGGCUGAGGAGCUUCGAAAGGUGCUGAUAAACCUAAACACCGGCGGCUGCGGCUCGAAGGCGGCCAUCUCGCCCGAGUGCCUGUUCCUCGUCAUCUGGAAGGUGGUCCCGCGCUUCCGCGGCUACCAGCAGCAGGACGCGCACGAGUUCCUGCGCUAUAUGCUGGACAGGCUGCACACAGAACUACUGCAACUGCUGCCGCCGGAGCGCGAGGCGCCGCGCGCGCCCGCCGCCUCCAUCGUUACCGCUGUGUUCGGCGGCACGCUGCAGAGCGAGGUGCGCUGUCUGGCGUGCGGUACGGAGAGCAAGAAGUUCGACCCGUUCCUGGAUCUAUCGUUGGAACUACCGGACGCGGGCCGCCACGACGCGCCCGUGGCGCUCCACGACUGUCUCUCCAGCUUCGUGCAGGUGGAGGAGCUGGCAGACACGGAGCGCUACUUCUGCAGCAGCUGCAAGUGCAAGCAGAAGUCCACGAAGCAGUUCUGGAUCCGGCGCUUGCCCAACGUGCUGUGCCUGCACCUCAAGCGAUUCCGGUGGCACAAUUACUUUAGAACCAAAGUGGACACCAGCAUAUCGUUCCCGCUGCGCUCUUUAGACAUGUCGCGCUUCGUGCUGGCCAACCUGCCCGACACGCGGCGCUCGGGCCGCGGCUCGCACGCCUACGACCUGGCCGCCGUCAUCGUGCACCACGGCUCGGGAGCCGGGUCCGGGCACUACACCGCGUUCGCGAUCAACGACGAGCAGUGGUUCCACUUCAACGACCAGACGGUGCGCGCCACCGACGCGGCCACGGUGGCGGCCUGCAAGCCCUACAUCCUGUUCUACAUCCGCCGCGAGCCCGCGCUGCCCGCCGCCUCGUGACGGCCCAGUCGCAA